AAGUCCUUGCGAUCGUAAGAAGAAUACACGCGGCUAGAGCUAAGAAUACUGGCAAUAUCCAAAUGUGUUUUUCUUUGCAUAUUAACAAAUAGAAUUAAUAUACAAGAUACAAUUUCAUCGUAUUUAUUUAGCAGAAUUGCAAUAUAAAAAUACUUUAGAAUUUUCUUAUAAUAUUGCCAGCUGAAAAUUUUAUUUUUAGCCUUGAUCCUUAUACCUAACCCUUUCUUUGUAGGACACUAGCGUAUUGCUUUACUACUUCAAGUAUUUGGCGUGUGAGUAGUCGAACGAUUAACUCGUACUAUAUGGAUAACGGUAGAAUAUUUUCGUUAUUCGAGAGAAAGGCGUGAAACGGGGAAAAAAUGCGCGUGUUUUCCUGAUAAAAAAUUCAUCGUUUGUCAUUUCUCUCAUACUACGGAGUAGUCUUGCAUAAAUUACUCGGUUAAGCUGAUCUCAUCUUUUACCUCACAGUAAUAUAAUCUUUCUUGAAGGAUUAACACAGAGAUACAAUUCGCGUACACAUGAGGUUUUUCACAGUGCAGGUUUUUACGGUUCUCGUGCGUUGGUCCGUUUAAGGAGUCGGUCCGAUUUCUCGCCGCGAAAAUUCAUUUUGGGUCGCUUUCCGGCCUCCUCUCCCGCGACCAUUUGCGCUCGGUGGAACGUUCCGCUCUCCAUCCCGAAGUUUUCGAAAUGCGCUUACCUUCCGCUCGUUCUCUGCCCAGAUCAACUGGCUGGCACUGUGCACUUCACCACUCUUGCGCCCACAGCUACUUUGUCACCGAAAUCACAGAUUCCUGCGUGAUUCAGCGCAGCAUCAAGCCGAGCCACCCAUCAGACGAAGCAUCCGAAAUUCCGCCCACUGACUCUUCGCACUAUCCUUCCCUAUACCAGCGUCCAGGUCGCUGGACGCCGUCGUCGAUCAGCAGGACCACUGGACGGAAUACCGAUCACGAGUGGCCGUUCGAGGGGAAGUGGGAAGGUGUCUUCUUGACGGUGUCGGAUCACGGGCAAGAGAUCCUUGGGCCAAGGUCGCGUGCCGGUUCAAACUCCGCUGCGCCUCCGGUGAAGAUAGAGGUUCGGUUUUCGAUAAUAAAAAGAAAUGCGGAUGUAAUUUGUUCUUCGCCCGCGUAAAUGCAGAGAAUGUAAUAAAUUUCACGUCUCACGAGAAUAAAAAAUUUACUUCUUGUCUAAUCUGUCAUUAAGUAUCUGUCAUUAAGUAAAAUGGUUUUGCUUCAAUAAGUAAAUCUUUAUUUGUAACAUUUGUUUUGUAAUAGGUCCUUGUAAAAUGGAACCAAGUCUGUUUUGAGGGAACAUAAAUUUUGUAUCGAAAAGAAGAAAAAAAAGAUGUGCCAUGAAUAAAAAAACGAAUUGCGCGUGUAGCGUAUGCAUCGUGUUGCAUUCUACAUAAUUGUUUCUAUACUUAAAUAGUCUAAAAAGACUACUUAAUUUUAGUAAUUAACGUAAUUUUGAGGUAUCACGGAAUCCCUCUUUUCGCCCUUCCGUUAUUCCUAAAAUACACAAGCGUUAUCUAUACUACUAUUAUAAAGAGACAGAGUUUGUCAGUUUGAUUGUUUGUGUCCGGUAACAACCAAUGGACCGAUUGAAUUGAAAUUUUAACACAUGUUUCCUUAUUAUCUCGAGAGUGUCUUAGGCUAUAUAUUAUAGACAUUGCGCACCUGGGGACUGCGCAUGCGCAAAUGAUCACACACUGCGGACUGCGCAUGCGCAAAUGGCCCUAUUAUAGACAUUGCGUACCUGUGGACUGCGCAUUGAAUACAUUUGCGCAUGCGCAAAUGAUCACAAAAAAAUUAAUAUUAUUUUGGACACACACAAACACUUGCGCGCGCACACGCAUACGCACACAUACUUUAUUUUAUCGGCAAAGAGAAACACACAC